CCUGCGAGGAAAACGCGGAAGUGUUCAAACAAGCAUUGUUCCGUCGGAGCCGCCGUAGACCAAACCUGCUACUCUGUUUUGGGAUAAUUAUCCAGCCGUUUUCACGCUGUAGCUCACUUACAGAACUAUUAAAAGAUUGUGUGAUGGUCUUGACUGAGAGAUGACCUGCACCCUACGCUUAUGAGCGACAGAGAAUCUCAACAUUUAGGUCAAAUCUGAGGUUCCACACAGGGUGACCCAUGCUUUCUGAUGAGCUUGACUCCAAACCAGAGCUGCUGGUGCAGUUUGUGCAGAACGCGUCCAUCCCGUUGGUCCAGGGUCUGGAGGACUCGGAGUCCAAACACUCCUGCCUGCCUCUGCUGGCUCCAGCUGAAAGCUCACUGUGCAGCCCGCUGGAGCUCACAGAUGGAGGCCUGAGCCAUGUGUCUGAGAGUUCUCCUUCCCUGUCAGAGUUUGGAGGUGUAUCAGCGCGAAGCCCGUUAGUGGUCGACACACACACUCAUCCCCGGGCCUCAACAAGCCCCCCACCUAUCCUCCAUGACCUACAGCAGUCAGACAGCACUUCCUACGUCCUACUGAACCUUGCAAAAGGUAUCACAGCCUCCUCAGAGUCACUGAUCUUCGCCGCAGAUGGCGCCGGCGAGGAUGACGAUGAGGGGGUCUCAUCGGGGGACUAUGGAAUAGAUGGCAGUGCUCCCUGGUAUCUGCGGGUACAGGAGCUGGCACACGACAGCCUGAUUGCCGCCACGCGGGCACAGCUUGCGAGAGAUGCCAAGGCCAGCCAGGACGCCAGAGCUGCAAGUGUCAGUAACGGUGACCACACACACAGUUUGACAGCAGACGGGGACAAGAGAGAGCUGCAGUCCCGGACCAGCCGCCCCCUCUCCAAGCAGAUCCUCCGCUGUUCGUUUGAGGGUUGCUGCAGGACGUUCACCUGGCCGGCUCAUCUCAAAUACCACCUCAAAACGCACAGGAACGACCGAAUGUUCAGGUGCAGCGCAGAGGGCUGCGGGAAGAGUUUUUUCGUGCUGCAGAGGCUGCAGGUUCACAUGAGGACUCACAACGGAGAGAAGCCCUUCAUCUGCAAGGAGAAAAACUGUGGCAAGAAGUUCACCACGGCUGGAAACUUGAAGAACCACAGACGCAUACACACAGGAGAGAAGCCUUUUCUGUGUGAAGCAGAUGGUUGUGGGCGAUCCUUUGCAGAGUAUUCCAGUCUGCGAAAACACAUGCUCGUACAUUCUGGUGAAAAGCCUCACCACUGUGGGAUCUGUGGGAAGACGUUCUCUCAGUCCGGCAGCAGAAACGUCCACAUGAGGAAGAGACAUGGAGAGGAGGGGCUCAGUGGUGAAAGCAGAGAAACAGGAGAGGCUCUGACACAGAGCAGCCUGCUGGAGGCAGACGGCGAAAACGGAGACGGUAUGGUCACCAUGACAACAAACGUGGGGCCCAUGAAUCUUCACCAUGCCAUGCUGAGAUCACCAGGCUCUGCUGACGCCGUGGUGGUUCUCUCUCAGCCACACGAGCUGGUGACCAUGACGACCGAAGGCCACGGAUACGGAGAAGAUGUGGUGGCACUACUGUAGUCCGCCAUCAUGAACAUCACACACCUGUUUCAGCAGCACUAGACUGACGGUCACAGUGGACUUAACAUAGACAUCUAUUUGUAAAUAGAUUCUGACUUUUACCCCUGUAGAUAUUUGUAAUUAGUAAUGGUUUUAUUGACAAGUGUAAAACGGCUAAGUUUGCAAACAACCAUUUCCCUCAAGUUUUUCAGACUCCCAAAGAAAUACUGAGACGGGUUUAAAAGUUUAUGAAAAUAUAAUGACCAUGUAUUGUGAUGUGCAUUAUCAUUGUAAACAAUGAUGUCUGAGGUUGAAAUGCAGUGAUGAUGUUGGAACGAGUCCCAUUUAUUUUUAAAACUUUAAUGGUUGACUGUCAAAUUGAAAUGUUCCAGACACGUGUAUACCCCAUUAUCCAUAAACUAAUUACAAAACACUUGACAUUAAAAACUGCUGCUAAACACACAGUAUAUCACAUUGCUGCAUGUAAACACUGGUUUUACACAGCCUUACAAGCUAGGCCACCAUGUUAAUUAGCCUGAGUAAUGCGCAAAAACAUCUAUCCUAGACAAAGUGUGUCUCCAGUAAUGCCAAAAUCUGCAUUAACACAGUGUGUUACUGGUAACAAUCUUUCCCUCAAAUGUCAACCUCCAGUGCUUCAUUUGUUCUCUGAGUAAGGCAACACAUUGCUCAUUUACAACUCAAUCUAUUAACACUUGAGAAUAAUUGCUUUUUAAACAAAAUUAAGAAUUACUCAUGAGGUUGGUUCUGCCCUUAUGAAACAAACUGCAGAUGUCUGGGGCCGUUAGAUAAGGUAGUGCGCUUUACAUAUUUGUUACUAAGCACCACCGAAAUCAGCAGUGUGUGUUUCUCCCUUCUCCUCAGUGGAUCUUCAGGUUGUGGAAGUGGUCCAACGUGGCGCCCAAAGCCCAGCUUGCCUCCACGUUGUGCACUUUCUUGGUCAACUAGGAUGGAGGGGGGGAAAUCCGACACCAAAUCACUCGAGUACUUUUUGUAUUUAUUGAAAUAAAGUAACAAUU